AUGGAUAGAAAGUCCAUACUAAAACAGUUUCAUGAGGACCUGACACCAAAGAAUAUCUCUCAGGAACAUGUUGGCUUUAUCAACUCUUUAGACUUGGAUCCUGCAGAGUCUCGAUAUUUGCUUUGCGGGGCUGCAGACUCGAGCGUUUCCAUCUGGGACACUUGGGUGUUUGGAUCUUCGCGAUCACUGAACCAGAAAAUCCAGCCUAUAUUGCAUACUCAGAGACACGAUGCGCAUAAAUACGGUGUUUCGAAAGCUUCAUGGUGGCCAAUGGAUACAGGAAUGUUCGUGACGGCCAGUUUUGACUCGACGGUGAAAUUAUGGGAUACAAAUAGCGGUGAGUCGGUAUAUUCUUUCGAUAUGGAGCAUCGUGUUUACAAUAUUGAUAUUAAUCCUUUGAAUACAAACGGUUUGGUCGCAGUGGGUAUGGAUCAUCCUUACUGUCGUCUUCUUGAUCUCCGCAUCGCCACGUCUGCACACACAUUGAAAGGGCAUUCUGGGCGAAUUAUAAGCACCAAGUGGAACCCCAUGAAUGAAUAUAUCCUAGCUUCGGCUGGUUCCGACGGAACAGUGCGGAUAUGGGAUAUAAGACAAGCUGCUAGCUGUGUGUCAAGUAUGGACAUGAUGCGGACUGAUCAAGACCUUGAUCUAACCCCAAUCGAUUAUAGACGAGCUCACCGCAGCUCUGUAAAUGGACUCUGCUGGUUUCCCACGGGAACCAGGCUGAUCUCACUAGGCAACGAUAACAAAUCACGUGUGUGGUCAUUGAGUGUGCCAGGUGGGAUUAACGAGUCUAUAAACUACGGGCCCUUGGUUCAAAAUCGCCACUUACAGACUCUUGAUCCGGUAUUGAGCCAUCUUGGUGAUCUAGAAACCCCAUAUCUCUUUGUGCCUUCGGAUACAGGUGACAUUCUCGUGUUCCAAGCAUUGGAUGGACGGCUGGUACGGAAAUUAGAGUCUCCCGAAGGGUACAAAGCAUCCAGAUAUGCAUGCAUCGUCAAAGGCGAACCCAAGACUGCUGUUUACUACUCGGGAAAUGGCAAUGGAGCGAUAACAGAAUGGACGGCCCUCGAACAAGACACAAGUGACGACGAAGAUAAUGAGUUAGUCUCUGCUACGGUCGGUGAUUAUUUGAAUUGA